AUGGCCGAUCCUCUCAGCAUCGCUGGCUCGGUAGCCGGAUUGUUGGCCACCGCGGUCAAAGUGUACAACACCACCUACAAUUUCGUCUCCAGCGCCAUCGAUGCCCCCGAGUCUGCGAUGCAAAUGUUUCAACUCAUUGAAGAGACGAUGAUGACUCUGUCUUCCGUCCAUAAGCUCCUUCGUUCCCUCGACAGCUUCUCCAGUUCCCGCAAAAACAUGAUUCAGCUCGAUCACCUUUCCAUCGUCAUCACACACUCGGUCUUGACCCUUUCGAAACUCGAAUCCAUCGUCUGCCAGCAGAAUGGGUUGCGGUCACAGAUGAGAUGGGCGCUGUGGCACGAAAAGAAGAUCCUGGCUCUUCUUCCCCGGUUGGAGUCUCAGAAAUCAACAUUGGCUGUAAUGAUCACAAUCCUAAAUAGCGAGACCCAAGAAGAAGGGAUUCGCUCUCAAGCCACUAUGUUGGCCAAAGUGGACGAAAUUCUUGAGCAAAACCGAACAUUGGCCGAACAUUUGAAGCUUCUUGACAGCGAAGCAUCGUGGGACACGAGGUCUGUCAAGUUCAUGAACGAUGCGUCCUCAAUAAUGAGUAGAACUGGAUCUACACAAGGUGUUAUCUACAGAUCCCCUUCAUCCGUCCUUCAGAGGCCACAACCUUUGGACGGAUCAACGAUCAUGACGCUAUCAAGAAGAAAUUUCGAGCUCGACCUGGGCCAAUCGAGGGUUUAUAAACGGACCCAAGACCGCGAAACAGACAGAUCCUCAUUCACAACAUCGAACGCCCCCACAAGUGCUUGGAGCAUGCUCUCAGGUCUCAGCAUCGGCGACAUUUCCAUUGUGUCGGCGUUUAGAUUGCCAAUCACCCUCAAGGAGAUCAACAAGAUUGCACCAGGGUCAAUAUUUUCAGGUCUUUUGAUGGACCAUCAAUCCAUGGAGGACCAGACUCGACCCGAAGGAUCGGAGCGCAGUGACUCACGGUCUCGAGCUCUGAGCAAGGGCGAAAAAUCGGCGGGAACAUUAGCUUUCAAAUCUGAUGAUUCUGAUGACGUCGCGUACAGAGAGCCCGAUAUCCAACAUGAAGGAUUGAAAAGUUUCACGUGA